AUGGCUACAUCACCAGCAGGUCGCAUGCUGUUGGGGCAGCUGCAACAGAUGCAGUCUGCCAAGGACCUUCCUGGCAUCAGCUGUGGGCUCGUCGAUAAUAAUGUGUUUGAGUGGGAAGUCAUGCUCAUGAUCUCAGACGAUGUCAAGUUGUACGGCGGCGGCUUCUUCCGUGCUCGACUCUCCUUUCCUCCCGAAUAUCCACAUAUGCCACCGAAGAUGAAAUUUGAAUCACCACUUUUCCACCCGAACAUCUACCCCAAUGGCGACGUCUGUAUUUCCAUUCUGCACCCACCCGAGGAAGACAAGUACGGUUACGAGUCUGCUGCAGAGCGCUGGUCCCCCGUCCAGACCCCGGAGACAAUCCUGCUAUCCGUGAUCUCCAUGCUCUCAAGCCCGAAUGACGAGAGCCCCGCCAACGUGGAAGCUGCCCGCCUAUGGAGAGAAGACCCUAAGGAGUUUAAGAAGCGGGUUCGCAAGUGUGUCCGAGACAGUUUGGGCGAGGAGUAA